AUGUUUCGACUGCCAGUGCUGGCCUUGACGGCCUUAGCCUGUAGCCUGGGUGCGAUCGCGAGCUCGUCGCUUUCAGUCGAGUACCACCCAGUCACUAUAUCCGGCGGCGGCUUCAUCACUGGCUUUUUGGCCCACCCCACCCAAAAGGACUUGAUCUAUGCGCGCACCGACAUUGGUGGCACGUACCGCUGGAACGCCAAAGCGUGGACCUGGGAGCCGAUCACCGAUUUUGUCCUCAACAAUCCGCUGUCGGGCAACGGCACCAACCUGCUGGGCACCGAGUCGAUCGCGCUUGACCCUACCGACCCGAAGCGUCUGUACCUCGCCCAAGGAAUGUACGCAGUCUGGGACCCCUGGGCUGCUUUCUUUGCCAGCGACGACCAGGGCAAGACGUUCAAGCAAUACCGUUCGCCCGUGCCAAUGGGUGCCAAUGAUAUGGGCCGCAACGGUGGUGAGCGUCUUGUGGUCAACCCUCACUCCCCGAACGAGCUCUGGUUUGGUUCCCGUACCGAAGGUCUGUGGCGCAGCGUCGACCGCGCUGCUACGUGGUCCAACAUCACUAGUUUCCCGGAUGCGUACGGAAAUGGCAUCGGUCUCAUUUCUGUCAUCUUCGACCCCAACAACAAUGGCACUGCCUAUGUUGGCGCCUGUGUUCCUGGUGGCCUCUAUGUCACCCACGACGGGGGUGUCUCGUGGGCCCAGAUUGAUGGCCAGCCGACAACCUGGUCAGACUGGACCAACAGCAUUGUCUCUGGCACCGGCACCGCUACGCAGAGCACUGGUCCUCAGCCGAUCAAAGUGGCGCUGAACAACAACAAGCUUUACAUCACGUACGCCGACGCUCCUGGACCUUGGGGUGUUCUGUACGGCGAGGUCCACUCCUACGACGUGUCUAGCAAGACCUGGGCCGACAUCACCCCUUCGCGUAAGGGCGCCAACACCACUCCUGCGCCGUCUGGUAGCACAACUACGGUUCCCGGUGGUUGGAACGGAAUCACGUUUGGCAACAAUGGCACGGUAGUCGUUUCGACUCUGGACGCCAACGCUGCCGACUCGGUCUACCUCUCGCGCGACGGUGGCAACUCGUGGAAGGACCUUGGCCAGCUUGCUACUCCCACGGGUGCUGGCGGUACCUCGCACACUCUAUGGCAGACGAGGAUGCGCGACCGCACUCUUGUCCCUUGGCUGUCGUUUGCCGACCCGGGCAAGGGUAUUCUGGGCUUUGGCUGGUGGAUUGCCGCUGUCCUCAUCGACCCGUUCAACCAAGACCGUCUCCUGUACGGCACUGGCGCGACCAUUUGGGCCACAGACACCCUCUCUCGCGCCGACGCCGACCAGUCACCUAGCUGGUACAUCAACUCUGAGGGUAUGGAGGAGGCAGCCGUCUGGGUGCUCAAGUCCCCGCCUAGUGGUCCGGCCAACCUCUUCAGUGGCAUGUACGACCUCGGUGGAUUCCGCCACGACGACCUCACUGUUCCGCAGCCAAUGUACAACUGGCCGACCUACAGCAGCACCGACGGCCUUGAUUUUGCUGGCAAGGUGCCCAACGUCCUUGCCCGCGUCGGCCGCAACGACAACUGGGCUACCGACUCGGUGUACGGGUGCGCAUGGGGCGCCGUGACCACCGACGCGGGUGACCACUGGAACCUGUUCCCCACUUGCCCGCCAGUCGUCAACUCGACUGCAGUGCCCGGCAAUGGCGGCACUGUUGCUGUGGGAGCUGACGGCAAGACGUUUGUCUGGUCGCCUUACGACUACAACAAUGUCCUUGGCACUGGACCGUAUGCCUCGUCCGACGGCGGCAAGACGUGGACCGUCCCGACGGGCCUCACUUUCCAGACCACGGGCCUUGCGGCUGACCGUGUCAAGGCCAACGUCUUCUACGCCUAUGCCCAGGGCAACUUUUACGUCUCGGUCGACGGUGGCCUCACCUACUCUCAGACCGGCUCCGGCCUUCCUACGGGCUGGACCUGGUCCGGUACCCCGAUUGCAAGCUAUCUUCGCGCUGGCGAGCUUUGGGUGUCGGUUACGGGUGUGGGCAUCUACCACAGUACCGACUUUGGAGCGACGUUCACGGCUCUUCCCAACUCGGCCUCCAGUCUCCAACCCAGUGUGUUUGGCAUUGGCGCUCCAAAGACAGCGUCUGGGGCUGAGACACUCUUCUUCUGGGGUAUCCCCGCUGCCUCCAAGCCCGAGGGACUGUACAUGUCCACGGACAAUGGCGCUUCGUGGCUUCGUGUCAACGACGAUCAGCACCAGUACGGUGGCCCCGUCUCCCUCUCUGGCGACCCGCGUGUGUUUGGUCGUGUCUACUUUGGAAUGAACGGCCGUGGUAUCAUGUAUGCCCAGGUGACCAACGUUCCCAAGAACAAGCACCGUCGUCGUCACUGA